AAAAUGUGGAAAGAGGAUCUUGGGAAUGGCUCCUCUAGCUGGGAUGCUUUUGACCCAGAAGCUGGGGAAUCCGCUCCGGCUUUUAUCCCGAUCUUGAAAAAAAUAAGUACAAACUGAAAGUAAAAAAUAAAUAAAGAAGGAAAGGAGCCCCCUCUUAGCAACAACAAGAGAAGGAGAACAGUGCUUUGGGAUGCAUUCACCACCAAGAAGUCUUUGRCUCAAGGAACCAUGCUACUGCAAGCUGAGAAAUUGAUCUAAGCCUGGCUCACUGUCCCUGAUGCCCCCCCCCCCCCCCGAUCACUGAUCACAAUUGGGAAGGACCAGAACAUCUAUGGAACCAUUUGUGGAAUAUGUUAAAUAACCCAAAGAAGCAGCAUGUGCCUUGUAUGCUGGAAGAGCAGGCAUGAAUGCCAUCCGGAAGAAGAGAUUUUGGGCAUUCUGUUUCUGCCUGAUGGCCAUCUUUUUUCUUCUGGUUACUCUCCAGGUGGUAGUAGAACUUGGCAAGUCUGAAAAGACGACAGCAAAAACAUCAAUUUCUCAAAAUGAUGCUUUUCAGAAAGAAGAGUUGGAGAAAUAUGCUCAUUUGUUUGUGAAGACGCCUAAACUUUACAGUGAUACAGAAAGAAUUUUGCACCAAGACAGAUAUCCCAUCUUGCUCUGGUGGUCUCCACUGACGGGAGAGACUGGGAGGCUUGGACAGUGUGGGCAAGAUGCUUGCUUCUUUACUAUCAACAAGACCUAUCAGCAUCAUCCUAUGACAAAAGCCUUUCUGUUUUAUGGCACUGAUUUCAGCAUAGACAGCUUGCCUCUCCCCCGCAAAGAUGACCAUGAUUGGGCCCUUUUCCAUGAGGAGUCGCCUAAAAACAAUUACAAGCUUUUCCAGAGACCUACUAUCACUCUCUUCAACCACACAGCCACUUUUAGUCGCCAUUCACACCUUCCGCUUACCACUCAGUACCUCGAAAGUAUUGAGGCCUUAAAGUCCUUGAGGUAUGUGGUUUCUUUGCCUCAAAAGAACAGCCUGAGGAAGACACUUGCGCCACUUGUGUAUGUCCAAUCAGACUGUGAUCCACCCUCUGACCGGGACACUUACAUAAAGGAGCUGAUGGCUCACAUUGAAGUAGACUCCUAUGGGGACUGUUUACAUAACAGAGAUCUUCCUGAGCCUCUCGGAAACCCGGCCUCCAUGGACAGUGAUAUCUUCUACAAGAUCCUUGCUCAAUACAAAUUUGUUUUGGCUUUUGAAAAUGCUGUAUGUGAAGAUUAUAUCACUGAAAAACUCUGGAGACCACUGAAGCUGGGAGUCGUACCAGUAUAUUAUGGCUCCCCCAGUGUAGAAGACUGGCUUCCAAGUAACAAGAGUGCCAUUCUAGUUGCUAAAUUCUCACAUCCCAAGGACCUGGCUGAAUACAUCAAAGCACUGGACAAAGAUGACAAGGAGUACGAAGCCUAUCUUGAAUGGAAAUUGAAAGGAGAUGUAUCCAACCAACGGCUGGUUGCUGCCAUCACAGAACGCACCUGGGGAGUGCAAGAUAUCAUGAAGGACAAUUACAUUGAUGCAUUUGAGUGCAUGGUAUGCAGUAGAAUUUGGGAAAACAGCUGGCGGCAAGCAAAGGGAUUGCUACCCAAAAGGUGGAAUGCAGACGAGAGUCACUUGAGCUGCCCCAAACCUCAGACAUUUGUUUUUUCUGCUCCAAAUGCUGAAAGCACAGCUCUGCGAGAGAUGUGGAUACCAAGCUUUGAACAGUCCAAGAGAGAAGCACGUGCACUGAGGCAGCUGGUGGACAGGAACAGAAAUUUCACAGCUGAGGAGUUUUGGGCUUUGGUAUUUAGAGACUGAUUUUUAGAAGACUAUGGGCCCUUGACUCAUGACAAAAAGAUCUAUCCAUAGAUGAGCCAGUUAGAGGACCAUUGUUUGUAGCUUGCCUUAAUAAGAAAGUAGGAAGCAGUUUUAACAACUGAACAUACAAUGUGAAAACAUGGUAUUCAGUGAAUACUAAUCAAUAAGAAUGAUCCCAUUGGGUCAACUGACAAUAUGUUUUAAUACUAAUAUUUAGUAUAAAGUAUUAAUAUAGAUGUUUUUUAUGAUUACUGUUUGGGCAUUCGCACCCAAAUUCUAUAAAAUUAUUACUAGUGUGUAAUUAAUUCCACAUCAGCAGUGUCAAGACCGUCCCCUAUGCAUCUGUAUUUCUCAAGCACUAAUUUACAACAACAACAACAAAACUUUAUUUAUAUACCGCUCUAUCUCCCCAAGGGGACUCAGAGUGGUUUCCAAGUAAACAUAAACAGUACAUACAAGAAAAAAACGGCACAAACAUAAAAUCUACAACACAAUAUAAUCAUUAAAACCACAAUAGCACAUAUAUUUAAAAUAAUAAUGUCUGAUCAAGGCUGUUUAAAAGGCCGGGCCGGGCUACUGUGAUUUUAGAGGGCCCGGGAUAUUAGGUAGAGUCUAUGGUUGUACAUUUCCAGGGCCUAACAGAAGAGAGUGACCUGGGUAACUGGUAGAAGAAGAUAUGGCCAAUUUCAAUUUAGUCCAUGAGACUGUGCAUUGGUGCUUGUGUUGUAUGUAUACAAUUGAGGAAGUCUUUAAUAUGAAUCCCAGGUCACUGUAUGGGCAAAUGGCAGCAUAGUCAUGUAAAUGUUUUAGAAAAGGAGUUGGAAGAGACCUCAAGGGCCAUCCAGUCCAACUCCUGCCAAGAAGCAGGAAAAUCACAUUCAAAGCACCCCCAACAGAUGGCCAUCGAGCCUCUGUCUAUAGCAGAGAGUUCCACUACUGAACAGCUCUCACAGUUAGGAAGUUCUUCCUAAUAUUCAAGUGUAAUCUCCUUUCCUGUUGUUUGAAGCCAUUGAUCCACGUCCUAGUCUCCAGGGCAACAGAAAACAAGCUUGCUCCCUCCUCCCUAUGAUUUCCCCUCACAUAUUUAUACAUGGCCAUCAUGUCUCCUCUCAGCCUUUUGAACACAUGAGACAUGGAAUGAUGUUCUCUUAGAAAUCAUCUGCAAAAGAAAGCUUUGCUGAUGCUAGAAACUCAAACCUACUUAUCCUUAAGCCCUCUCCGCAUGCCCAGCUCUCUAGCCUGCCGAAGAGAAGGCUGAGAGGAGACAUGAUGGCCAUGUAGAAAUAUGUGAGGGGAAGCCAUAUGGAGAAGAGAGCAAGCAUCCAUUAACUCUGAUGCUAAAUUGUAGCCAACUGUGGUCCAAAA